AGAAACGGAUUAUAAGUAUUUUCUUACACAAUUAUAAACGUUUUCGAUAUCAUUACAAUAACGGAUGUAGUGCUCGGUAGAUCGCGUUGUAAUGUGGUUCUAGUCUCAACUAUAGUCUAUAGGUGGCUUCGCAUUUCAGAUCUUCACGCUCCACCAUUCGUUGUUGACGUACCCUUUGGUGGUCAACAGCAACGGCGAUUCAUCGUGUGUACUCCUUGCAUAUAUGAAGUUGAUCUGGAAUACUGAUGCAGCUCAUAAAGCAAGCUGCUGGCUGUUGCCGUUGGACAUUGCUGGACAUUGCUCAGAACAAAGUGACUCUAGGUAAGCAUGCCAACUGCCUUUAGAACGCGGAAGAUGUUGUUGAACACCUAAUAUACAUCAAUCCUGUUCAGAUACCAAGUAGCUUUGCCUUCAGGGACCUAUUGAUUAGGGCUGUUGCUUCCAACUGUCCAUCUCUUCAAGCCAUUCGUUUCAUCAAACCUACAUCAAGGCCAGGCUUGCCUUCAGACGUUUCCAGGAUAAUUGCUUUCCCACUAAGUCUCUGAGAUCCCACGUCUUAUAUAUUCCAUGCAAGUCACAGUAGAGCAAACCAUUAGACGUCCUGUCCGACAGGAUACCUUCGACCUUCGCGACCAAAUAGUUUCUGACGAUCACCUUCAUUACGGUCAAUCCCACAUGGACAACACCUACCCUUCGGAUGAGGAGCAUUCUGUCCUUGAAGACGACUCCGACGGCGAAGACCGAGAUGAUUUCAUGGAAGACGACGAUGGCUCGUCGUCACUCUCUAUUCCCAACGAAUCUAUCAAUUUUGACCUUGUAUAUGCCCUACACAGCUUCGCUGCGACUGUGGAGGGACAGGCAAACGUAGUCAAAGGAGAUAGUCUCAUUCUCAUGGACGACAGCAACAGCUACUGGUGGCUUGUUCGGGUACUCAAGACCGAGGAAGUAGGCUAUAUUCCUGCCGAGAAUAUCGAGACUCCCUUUGAACGACUGGCUAGGCUCAAUAAACAUCGGAAUGUCGACCUGGCUCAAGCAACCCAAGCAGAAAAGGAAGAAGUUCGUGAUCGACUUCGAGAGAACCUCUCUUCUCGCGCAGGGUCAAAUCAAGCGACCCCCUCUCCAACACCUGCAGCAGCGAACAUCCGCCCGGUUUCGCGUACCCGAUCUAGACACGUUCGCGGUGUUUCUUUCACUGCAGCUCUUUCAGUUCACCGAUAUCCACCUGCGGUAUGGAACGAGGAGGAAGAAGAGGAAGAAGAGGACGUCGAAUGGGACGAUGAGGGAUACGAAGACGAAGAUCCCGGCUUGGCUGAGGAACAAGAGUUAGAGAGAAGGUUUGCCGAAGAUACAGCGGGGUUACCCCAAGGUAUGGAACCGGACGAUGGCAUGAGUUGGGAAGACGGUGCGGUGGAGGACAUGCAGGCGAAGCAGCUACAGCUACAGCAGCAGCAGCGCGCUGCCGAUGUCGACAAGGACGAGCGACGUGAUCCACAACCGCAAGCUCCGCCUUCCCCGGGACAGGACAUCGCGGCAGCACAGAAGCAGCGUGUAGCUAUCAUUCCUGAUGACCCGAUUUCAACGUCACCUACCUCGCCUAAGACCAAAGAUCCUAUCCAGGCCACUGAGACGAAGAAGCUCUCCCUCACUCCUGCCGUCGCUCGAGACACGCCCAGUGCAGAACGUCAGCAAACUCAGCCUCAGCCACCCGGACCACUCCUUCCAAGUGCCAUCAUGCAGCAGCAGCACGAAGAUCGCAAACGUACGAGGGAAGAGAUUGAGGCGCUGGAAGACGCUCAACGAAAGAAAGCUAACAAAGGGAAAGGUCCCGCCGGUUCUGGCUAUAACUCAGCACCAGAACAAUCCCGUCCUCCCGGUGGUGCCAAAUUGCGCAAAGAGCGUGAUCGCGACGUCGCUGCCACAGACGACGAAAGUAACAAGGACAAGAAGAAGAAGAGCGGCGGAGGCGUUUUCGGAGGGCUAUUCGGGAGACGCAAAGAUAAGGGCAAGGACAAGGCUCCCUCGUCAGGCGUUUCUGAGAGCUCGAGUACUAUUAGCGUUGGAAGCAGUGAUAUCAUUCUCAGAGGAUCAGAGGAGUCUGGCAAAUCGAGCAACCAGCAACAUACCACUGUCGCCGAUCCCGGAUCGCCUGUCACUGCAAGUGCCAGGCAGCAGCAGCAACUUGCUAUGGCUCAGCAAGCUCUGGUUACUACACCAGAACGAGUAUCACAACGCCCCACAGAGAUCACUACACCCCCUUCGGCGAUUGCUCAACUUUCACAACAUGCGUCUCAAUUGCGACAACGCGACCAGCAGCAACAGGCUUUGUAUCAGCAAUAUCUCAACCGCUCGCCUUCUUCUCCCCCGGAAGCCCAGCCUUCGUACGGAUUACAAUCUGCUUCCGCUGUCUUCCAAGGGCCCAGCUCAUACUCCAACUCGAACAAUGGUCUCGGCGUCGGCACUCCUCGUCAACGACCUGGCUCGCUGGUGCUUUCACCUACUGCAAUGGACGCUCAGGGUGUUGGUCUCCCCGAUCUUAGCGUCGUACGCAUCUUUGCUGGUAAUAAUCUGCAGACCGAGGCUACCUUCAAGACAGUUCUACUUAACUCCUCCACUACUGCUUCGGAUCUCGUGCGUCAGGCCAUUCAAAGAUUCCGUAUUCCGGGUGCUGAGAAUGAGAGUGAUUAUUACCUGACUAUCAAGCAGGUGGAGGGCUCCUCUGCGGCUCUACGACCUGAUGAGAAGCCGCUGGUUGUCUUUGAAUCCUUGGUGGAGGCCGCACUGGAACUUCCCAAAGUCAAACGAAGCAGCGUUGGUAGCAUCAGCUCUGUGGCGAGUAAUCUGUCUAUGCACCCUGCGAUCAAGAAACUCUCUAUGAAUGACUUCACUGAUGACUCUGCAGUCAAGUUUUACUUGAAUCGGAAAGGUGAUGAACAUCACGACGACUUAGGGGAUGAAGGCGACGUUACACUCUUGGCUGAGAGUGCUCAUGACGAUGAUAGUGACUCUCGCAGAUCCUCAGGGCCUUUCCUUUCUGUCACCACUGCUGUAGGUAACAGUGUCACGCCUGAGCGGUUCUCAUCGCCGUCUGUUAAAUUCUCGCUCCAGCUCGUCAUUCGUCCAGAGGAUCUUCCGGACGAUAUGGUUUUCGACCCCCUUACGGAAGCCAUUGUCUUCAAGAAUACCCUUCGUGACCGUCCCAAACCUCCUGCUUCGUCAAGAAUAUCGCAGACAGAGAGAAGGAAGAUAUUCACGUUCCCCAAGAACGUCACUGUCGCGGAAGUCAUUGAGCUUGGCCUUGAGAGGUUCGGUAUUCUUGACGGCGUUGUUGACGGCGGUGAUGAAAUUGAGGAUAAACUCUCUAAACGUCGGAGCUCCUCUCGUGUACGAUAUGGUCUUCACGUCGAUGUGGGCGGCAAAGAACGAGAGCUUUCACCAUCCACUAGAGUGAUUGACGCAUUCCCUCGCCCACCUACAUUCCGUGUUCCGGAUCGACGCGAUCUCAAACGACGUUCAGCGGACUCUGCGCAAUUACUUGGUAGUGUCGAGGAUGUUUCGCCUGACGACCCCGUCUUCAUCCUCCGACGUGCUACCACAUACAAGCCAUCACGCAACAGAUCUUCAGCUCCCCUUGAUGAACUCGCCCUCUCACAUCUGCAUCGGGAAUCCACAGGAAGUGCAAGUGUCACCUCUGACUCCACGGCUGGUUUGGACGAGCCCAAACAACGCCAGAUGUCGAAACAGGAGAUCAUUGCUGCCCAACGAGCUGCUACGCGAGCUAAUCAGCGAGCGAUUCUCUCCGCUCAGGCGAACUCUGCUCGUGGUCUCGACGUUCUGCUCCCUGGAAAUGCAAUGAUACGAAGUUCGAGAUACGACGUGGACGACAGGAUGCGGUACUCGUAUGUCGAGCCCGACGGCGAAACGUACGAUAUCAGCGACAUAGUAGAGGAAGAGUGGCGCAAUGAGAUGCAUCGGGAACGCAACGGUCCUGCUCGGGAUGAUCUCUUACAUGGCGUCCUCAGCCGUGGCAAAGACGGAUUAGGUGCAAGACUCGAUCGCGUCUUGAGCAAAAUCCGACGUGAAGGGGGACCUGUGCGAGCAGCACUCCCUCAGGCAACUUCAGCCAGUACCGUUGACAGUGCCGACUCCAUGCGGUCGAGAUCACCUUCCGUCUAUUCGACAGCAGAAGGAGGGCCAGAUGGACCCAACUCACGAUCUGCUACGCCUAAUGCCAAUGCAAUCAACAGUCGGUCGCCCACGGCCGCCACACAUGCCAUUGCUCAGCGUAUGACGAGUCCACCACCUCGAAGUGCUUCUGUCAACGCUAACAUUGAACCCGACACGAGGUCGAGGUCGCGUACUGGUACUGGUACUCCCAGUCAUCAAAAGAAUCCUUCUGUGACUGGAUCCGCCGGCCGUCGCACACCCGCGAGGGAAGAACGACGAAGAGUGUACCUCCCUGCAGAUGAUUUCGGAAUAUCGCAUAUGAUGGCUGUGAUCACCAUGCGUGGAAAGCUGCAACUUGGACAACGACAAGCGCUUCCGCCGCUGGAUCCAGUUGACGAACUCUUAUUUGGCAGAGAGAUCAAGCCCGAGACUUUGCAUCCGAAGAUCCAAGAGAUAUAUUCUCCUGCUUUCAAACAACUGGAAGAGAUGGACAAUGCACUGGAUGAUCUUCUAGCUGAGAUUACCCAUAAACGAUGAGGUUCCCUGACUUCUCUAACUUAUCCUCUUGCAAGCAAGACACCCUGAUAUACCUAGACAAUUCGUUUCUUCAUGAACCAUGUUGCACGCUCGCUUAAUGUUUCCGCCUUUUUGACGCUAUUUAUUCAGUCUUUGUUAUUUCUUGAUACAGUCUCAUUCGGAAGUUUUUACAUUAAUGGAUUGGUUAUUACGCUAUCUUGGCUGAAGUUAUGUGGUGUGCCCUUGAAGAUCCGGUUUU